AGUUUAUUCAAAUAGUUUGUCGCCGUCGGUUUAAAAGCCACACUCCACCCUUAAUUCAAAAGUUUUUUCAAACACUUUUCGUUGGCCGCCUAACAGCCAACUUCCUUUAAUUACGGACUUUAACGUAAAGGCAUCGAUCGUUUUACUGGAAAUCGUAGCAGUUUACAGUGUCGCUUAACUAAAGGAUUUAUCUUAAAAAUCAUUUUAAAAAUGUUUCGUUUUGUCGUACUAACCACCCUCAUUGCGGUUGCUGCUAGCCAGGGUUAUCAUCAAGAUCCCAAAACUGCUGCCAUUAUCAGUGAACAGCGUUACCUUUCUGGAGAUGGUAAAUUUGGUGCUGCCUACACACAAGAAGAUGGCAUCAAUUUUAAAGAAGAAACUGAUUCAGAUGGUACUCGUCAUGGCAGUUACAGUUAUGUAGAUCCUACUGGUCAAAGACGUACCAUUUCUUAUACGGCUGGCAAAAAUGGAUUCCAAGCUUCUGGUGAUCAUUUACCCGUGGCUCCUCCAGCACCACCACAGCCUGUUCCCCAGCCUGGCUAUGCUCCUCAACCUCAAUAUCAACCCCAACCUGCUCCUGGUCCCUCUUUUCGCAGCAAUGACUACGGCGACGAUGGCUCUUAUGAUCCCCGCUAUAAUGAUCCUAAUUUCGGUCAAAACAGUCAAUCUUAUCAACAACCCCAAUAUCGUGCUCCACCACCACAACCUGCCUACAACCCACCCGCACCUGCUUACAAUCCACCUGCUCCCCAAUACAACCCAGCUCCAGCACCACAAUACAAUCCACAACCCCAAUACAAUCCUCAGCCCCAGUACACCACACCCAAUCCUCACCGUUUCUCACCACCCGGUAAACUCUCUCUGAAUCGCACACCCGAUGGUUUCACCUAUAGCUUUAAUAAAGUACGUUAAGCUAUAGUUGUCAGAUGAGAGUGAUAGAUUGAGUUUAAUUUAAAGUUUAAUUUUUUUGUAAAUUUAAUUUAAAAUUUUCCCUCCUAAACUUUGUUUUAUUAAAAUAAGAGACUUUUUUAUAACUAAUUGCAAUUUUCUUCUCUCUCUUCCUCUCGUUCUCCAUCCCUCUCUCUCUUUUACGAUUUCCUCUCUUAACCAACACUGCCGUUUUAUGUCUUUUGCAUUUCCGUUUUAAGUAAAACAACAUGAUCGCGAUCUUUUAAUUUCUUUAUCCAUUCUUUCAUAUCCUGUUCCCCAAAUCAUCCUCUUUUUAGAAUAUUUUCAUUUCCUUCUCUAGAAACUUUCUUGAUCUUGUGAUAUCGAAAAAUUGUUGCAACAAUUCUUUUUCAGGUUUAAUUUUCCUUUUAUAAUUUUUUGUUUUUUUUUUUAUAAGUUUAAAAUAACUUUUCCUAAAUACUGUUACAUAAAUGUCUCUAAAUAUUUUUGUAAUAUUUUUAAAUAAAAACUAAGUGUGUGUGCUAAUGAAAAAAUAA